AUGGCAGUCCGCACCAAGCUUGCCAUCUGGCUAUGGGGACCAGGGGCCAAAGACCGGGCCCUGCUCUCCAAACUGGACGUGACUCUACUCCCCUACUUCUCGUUGAUCUGGUUCCUAUUCGGCGUCACCCGAGCGAGCUACUCUUCUGCUUAUAUUAGCGGCAUGAAAGAGGACCUCGGCUUCCAGGGCAAAGAAUACAACUACAUGACCACUGCGUACUUGGUUGUCUAUGCUGUCUGCCAGAUGCCAGGCACAAGUCUGUUGACUAUCUAUCGGCCUAAAUAUGUCUUUGUCACGGCCAAUGUGACCUGGAGCGUGCUGACCUUGAUCACAUAUAAAAUGAAACAUGCAUGGCAGGUUAUCGUGUUGAAUGCGAUUGAAGGUGGGUUUUCGGCUAUUGCAUAUGUGGGAGCCCAUUUCAUUCUCGGGUCUUGGUACAAGAGAUCUGAGCUCGGUAUACGUGCCGCUGUUUUCUGCGUGUUUGGUCAUAUAGGCACCAUGUCCGGUGGGUGGAUUCAAGCAGGCCUGCUGGCAACGAUGGCAGGAAAGGGCGGUCUUCCAGCUUGGAAAUGGAUAUUCAUCAUUGUCUCGGUGAUGACUGUGCCGGUUGCAUUGUUCGUAUAUUCCCUGUGUGUGCAAAUGCUAUCCAACAACGUCAUGGCCUACUGGAUGGCAUCCCGUGGCUACACGGUAAUCCAACAGAACAAUUACCCGACGGGGAUUUACGCAGCAGCCAUUCUAGGAACGGUGGUAUACGCGAUCAUCUCUGACAGGAUACAGUCCCGGUGGGAAGUAUCCGUUGCCAUCGGCCUCACUUUUGUCAUCGGCUCUUCCAUCCUCGUGUCAAGCCCAUCCACUAAUGCUGGCUACUUUGUGGCUUUCUAUCUCCUCGGAACUACCUAUGCACCUCAAGCAGUCUGGUACUCAUGGAUGGCAGAUGUGACGAGUCAUGAUUUUCAACUCCGCGCAAUCACUACUGGGUUUAUGAACUCGUUUGACUUUGCCUUUGUGACUUGGUGGCCGCUGAUCUUCUAUCCUGCUACGGCCGCACCUAAUUUCCGCAAGGGAUAUGUUGCGAGUCUAGUGACUGGGGCUCUGACAUUGCCGUUGGUCGGGGUGAUUGCUUAUCUUGAGAAAAGGGACCGAUCUCGGGGCCUUAUAGGAAGGCUUCAGGUUGAUGCUACAUCGGAUGAGGAGGAAUAUCUGCGAAGAGACGAGCCAGUCAAACCAGGGAGUGCGUCUACCAACGUACGCAGGGCAGGUGAAGAUGCAUAG